UUCUUUGAAUUUUUAUUUAUUAAUUUUCCAUUUCAGUUAUAUCAUCCUAAAUAUCAGUUACCCUUGAUAGUCUUUUCCUUUUUCAGAAUCAAAAUCACAAAUAUGAGAUUCAUAUUAUUUACUCAAACGAUCCCCCUUUUCUUAUAUGUUUCCCCACAAAUAAAAUUACAUUAUUUUGUGAUAAAAAAUGGAAUCGCAACAGAUUUUUCUACAUUCAUAUGCAACACUCUCAUGAUCUCAAUUUUUCUCAAAUUUUUGCAGAAUGAAUCAACAAAACAUAUCAAAGACACCCGAUCUCCCUGUAAAACGUAAACGCGGUCGUCCACGUAAGGAUGAAAGCAUGCCAAGACCACAUCCUCAACCACCUCCACUUCUGCCACCGGUAGCUCCGGCACCACCACCACCCACCUUCCCAACCACCAUCCAACCACCACCACCACCACCACCAACCACCGUCCUUCCUCCGGUCGACCACACCAUGGUCGGACAGGCGGUUACAUGCAUAAUCGAUGGCAUUUUCGAUAACGGGUACCUCCUCUCGACCCGUUUGGGCCCCAAUAACUCCAUCCUACGUGGCAUUGUUUUCCAACAGGGGCAUGUGGCCCCCGUGACACAGGAAAAUGACGUGGCACCCCACCUCGAGAUGUGCACCAGAACUGAAUUUCCGAUUCCGCCCGCGAAUCCUAGAAACCCGGUGCAGUUUUGUGCUCCGGAUCAAUCCGUAUGUGUAAAGCAAGCGGGAGAGACUGCGCAAAAUUACCAAAAUACCCCUCAACCGGAAAGUCUGAGAUUGGUUGAGCAGGAUGAUGUCAUGCAGGUUUUUGAGGUUUCUAAAGCAUCGGAAGAUGUUCCGAAAGAUUGUGAAAACGAGGACGUGGGAUGUGAUCCAACGGCUGAGACCGAAAAGGAAUCCAUGAUUCCGGGAGACGUCUCUGGAAUGGAAUCUGAGCAACAUGGGAAUCAAGAUAUGGAGAAGAAGGAUGAGGUUGAGCUGCGUGUAAAGGAACCAGACGAGCUUAUAACUCCUGUAGGGGCAAUUACGGAAAAUCAACCGUUGUUGGGGAAGGAUGAGCUGCAGGAAGAAAGUAAAGAACAAACAGUUGAAGUGAACAACAAUAUUGAUGCAACUCAAGCAGUGGCUGUGGAUCUUUCUUUAAGCAAUUUUUCCGAAAUUUAAAGCAAUUAAUUAGUUAAAUGGAAUAGGUAAAAUCAAUUAAGAGCUUUU